AUGGCCCGUAAACCAAAAAAACUCACCUUGGCUUGGUCCAAAGUUGACCGCAAGAAACACUAUCCGCUCGCCGAAGCAAUUAAGCUGGCCCAGGAAACUUCCUACUCCAAGUUUGACGGGUCAAUCGAUUUGGCUUUCAACCUUAACCUUGACGUGCGCCAGGCCGAUCAGCAACUGCGCGGAUCGGUUGCCCUGCCUAACCCAACUGGUAAGAGCGUGCGCGUUUUAGUGGUUAGCGACGAUGCUAACAUCCAGGAGUUAGCUCGUCUGAAUGGCGCUGAUCAAGUGGCUAACCAGAGCGAUGCCAAAGCGAUUUUAUCGAAGGAGAAAUUUGAUUUUGACAUCAUCAUUACCGACCCCAAAACGAUGCCUUUUUUAGCUAAGUACGGAAAAGUGCUUGGUCCGCGCGGACUGAUGCCGAACCCCAAAACCGGUACGGUCACUCCUAACGUGGAUCGCGCGGUCGGCGAAGUUAAGAAAGGUAAAGCUAAUUACCGCACCGACAAGACUGGGAUUGUUCACACUUCAAUCGGCAAAGUUUCGCUUGAUCCGCAGCACUUAAUUCAAAACGCUGAAACAGUCAUUGCGGCGAUCAAACGCGUGCGUCCGGCGGCGGUUAAAGGGGCUUACAUUAAGAAUUUGACUGUUUCCGCUUCGAUGGGACCAGCCAUCAAAAUUGAGUUAACUUAG